UAAGAUUAGAAUCAAGUCAUGCCCUGUUGUGUACCUACAUGUCUCCGAGGGGACGAAAGAAUGUCAUCGUUUCCCAGUGACAACGUACUUGCCAAAAGAUGGUUCGAAGCAAUCGAGUUUGGAUGUGGAUAUCCGAUGAACGUUGCCGAGGACGAUUGCCAUCCGGAAAUAUGCAGUUAUCAUUUUACACAACCCAACCCUUACAGCUACGAAGAACCAUCUAGAUUCAUAGACGGUGACGGAACCAGUACGCAAAUUGGUAGUUGCAGGAUGUGCCUAACAUUUCAUGCGAGCAAAGAUAUGGUAGCUAUUGCAGGUACCGUGGCUGACCGUCCAAUCGCAUCUCUACUUGAUACUAUGGGUAUAAAUUUUCUCGAGGAUGACUUUCUACAACUAAUUUGCGUGACCUGUCUGGCUCGGCUAGAAAUGUUUACGUUUCUUCAUACUAAGGUUGCCCAAUCCGAGCUAGAAUUUCAACAUUUGUUAGAAAAAAGUCAGGAUAUAGUGCUGCAUACCGACAUUAAACCGGAGGAGGUUCCAUUCGUUGAUAUAAUUAAGGAAGAAAUAUUGCUGGAAUCGGAAAUAAGCAUCAAAGAUGUUAGUGAUGACGAGUACAUUCCAAUGGAUCAAGAGGAAGAGAGUUCAAGUUUGACAGUGAAACGAGAAAAAAAAUCUUCCAAGUCCCAUUCUAAAAGCGUACCAAAUGUUAGUUUACAGGAAAAAAUAGAACGAAGCUGCUAUAUAUGCGAUACGAUCCAUCCGGAUGUAAGCCAGCUGCUGAUUCAUCUCACGAAAAGUCACAGCUCGGAAAUGGGAUAUCGAUGCGACGAAUGCUCGCUGGAUAUACCUUUGGUAUAUGCGUAUAACCGUCAUCUCAGCCGGCACAAUGAAUUGCGAAUGAGAUUCCAGUGCAGUAUGUGUUCGUUACGGUUCUCAAGCGAUUUUCGGGUUAAGAUUCACGAAAAUAAAGUACAUGGUGCAAAUCACAACGUAAAACCAGUUGUGACUAAAUUGCGGGAAGUGAUUUGCGAUCAAUGCGGAAAAGUUAGCGACAGCCGCAGGAUUAAAGAUCAUAUCCAAGAAGUACAUCAAAGGGACAGCCUGCCAAAGUGUGAUAUAUGUCAGAAGAUAUUUACGACGAAGCGAAGCCUCGAGCGGCACAUGCUACUGCAUUCAAACACAAAACCUUAUAGUUGUGAUCAGUGUGAUGCAACAUUUCGACGUUUACUUGACUACCGUCACCACAAAAGCAAAGUACACGAUGGCGUUAAUCCACACGUUUGCCCCGAGUGCAAUGAAGAAUUUAAAAGCUACCAUCAGUUGUACGUUCACAAGCAAGGGGUUCAUUAUAAAAAGGUUCCAAAAUCUAUGCUUAGUGCCUACAGACAGAACAAACAGUACGAAGUUUGCAAGAUUUGUCGGUCACAAUUUGCAAAAGGUAGUGAACUGAUGCAACAUAUUCGCAGCGAACAUGUAGUCGAACAGUACCCGGUACUGAAAUGUCCUCACUGUAUAAAAACUUUCAUAUUACCAUCACGGCUGUCGGCCCACAAGGCAAUUCAUUCGGAUAGGUAUGCCUGUAAAGAGUGCGGCGUUGGACAUAUCGACAAAAAGAAGCUUCAAUAUCACAUGGAUCUCAAACACCCGGACGGUCGCGUGUAUGCCUGUUCCACUUGCUCUACAACGUUUACCAGUUUGAAUCAGCUUAACGAGCACAGUGUCAUUCACACCAAGGGAAAACGCUUCCAGUGUGAAUUUUGUACGAAGUCUUUCCUGCGAAGGUUUCAACUGGUGAUUCAUACGCGAACACACACAGGCGAGAAACCUUUCGAGUGCAGUGGUUGUUUGAAACGAUUCGGCGACGAUGGAACGUUUUCCAAGCACAAAAAAACUUGCCGUGCGCUGCAGAGCCAAUAA